CGGUGGUACAACCUUUAAACACCCAGGCACUAUUCUUUUAAAUCCUACAGUCAGCCAGUGGGUUUGCUCAUUGAGUGUACCCUGAGAUAAAUUAAACUGGCAUGAGUAAGCCAUAUUAGGGUUGACAGAUGUUCACUUGUGUAAGUAAACGUAUUUGCAAUGCUGUCAACCGCAAUUUUUGACUGACGUGUGGAUUAUCUGGCAAUUACAUUUCUCAGUGAUCUUUAUGAAGGAACACGGAUGGCCAGGGUGGCAGAUAUUCCCGCAAUAAAACAAAUUAUACAGCCUUUGGAAGAAUCUGGCAUUUUAGUCAGGAGGACUGAUGCAGAGGUACUUGAAGCACUGGAAUCAUUCACUGUUGUGGAGAGAGAGGGUCAUAUCAUUGGGUGUGCUGCUCUCUUUCCUUUUGAAAAGGAAAAGUGUGGAGAGGUCGCUGCAAUUGCUGUUUCUCCUGAAUGCCGUGGAGAAGGACAGGGGGACAAAUUACUUGGUUUGUUAGGCGUGGAUUUACCGAGUGUUCCAUUGACUCCAUACCAGAGGAGAGAAGGAAAAAAAUCAAUCUAUCCCGUAGAUCAAAAUAUUAUACAAAGCAGCUGCCACCUGACUCGAGUGGAAUUCGUUUCAAUAGGGUGUAUUCUUGAGCUUACACUACUGGCAAUGUCUACAUCUUCUCUCAGUGACUCCGCAGCAAGGGUUGAGUAA